AGGUUGCUUCUAAAGGCAGCCUCACAAACAAUGCUUUGAGGUGUUUAAUUCAUAAUCUGCACAGACAAGUGCAGGAGCGGCGACGUGAGCAGAUGCAAACGAAGCUUCACGGGUCUAAAGGAGCAGUGAGACCUCGACUUAUAGGCCAGUCAUCCGCCACACAGGAAGUCGUUCUGGGUUGCUGCUGUGGGCUGCUUAACUCCGAGAAUCAGUUUUGAAGCAGCCAGGCGUUUGUUUUUUUGUUUUUUUUUUGCGUGUGUAUGGGAGGGUAAGAUAAUGUAGACUCUCGACUUGUGUGACCAAAGAGGAAGCAGAAGGCAAGCAGAUGUUUCGGGACACCCACCGAUGCAGGUGCGUUUGUUUCACGGGCCUUCAGACCAGCUGCAGAGAGGAAACAGCCAUGAGUCUGCUGUGAUAAUGGAUCGCAUCAGGACAGACAGACGAGGCACUCAGGGAUGCGGCAACGACAGCAGCGCCGAGGAGUCCGAGUACCACGUCGUGGACGACCAGGAGAAGAUGGUCCACGUGCACAUACUUCCUGCGCGGCCCAUAGACGGCGAAAGGGAGUAUGCAGACAGGGAUCUUCCGAGGUCGUCGUCGGCUCAGAGCCUUUCUUCACUCUCCACUGGCAACUUCCACAAAGGCCCCAGAUGUCCACCCAGAGAGUCCUCACACUCAACAGGACCGGCUAUAAACAGGGCCCUGAAGCCCGGCAGGAGGAAGGUCAGAUCAGAUAAGACGCCCACACCUGCGCAGCCCGGUCAACAGCGUCCCAACAGGUGCCCUCCAUCACCUCCAGCGUUCAGCCUGGAGUUAGCCAAUCGCCUCCCUGGGCUGAGUCUGCAGGAGGCGUGCAGGAGCGAUGGGAAAAAGAAAACGACUAAAAGAGCAGAACUCGGCUCACAAAACUCAGCUCAGCAGCGACAGAGGGCUGAGAGCGUUUCAGGGCCUCACACCACUCACAGACGCUCUCUGGACCUGGAGAGUCACGACAUAGAGAAAAGAUCACAGCUAAAUCUGGAAAGGGUGCCGUCAAGACGCCAAAACCACGAGUGGCCUCAAACCAAAGAAGAUUUUAACCAGCUUGAUUUUGUCCCUAAGGAAAAGCCCAAACAGACCUACUGUGAGGAGGACUGGUACAUUGGGGAUUGUACUCGGGCAGAUGCUGAACACGCCUUACACCUGGUGAACAAGGACGGAGCCUUCUUGGUGCGAGACUGCUCCAUCAACACCAACAGUGAGCCCUUGGUUUUGGUUGUGUAUCAUGAGAAGAAGGUUUAUAAUGUAAAGAUUCGAUUCAUUGUGAACACCAGAAAAUACGCGCUGGGACGAUCGAGUGACGCCUUCGACUCCGUGGCAGAGAUCAUCCGCUUUCACUCCAUAUUCCCAAUAACUCUCAUCAGCGGGAGAAACCUGCCUGGAAGCAAGUUCCCGGAGAACUGCGUGCUGACAUGUGCAGUAACGAGGAGGGAUGUCGACCAGCUGCUCCAGUAACGUGCACCGUUCCGGUGAAGCCAACGCGGCGGGCGCCAUCUGGCUCGUCGCAAGCUGCGGAACCACUAGAACUCUUUAUCAGCACGUUAAACAAAUGUGUCAUCAAUAAAAUGAUGGUGAAAAGUG